AUGUCAGUGUCAUCCGCAACAACGUCGUCCAACGAAAGCCCCUUGUCCACCUUCUCUUUUCCUAGGACGGGCAAAAGGGGCGUUCCUCAACAAUUCCCUCGUCGUUUGUACGAAAUGCUCGAUAGUGAGACCAAACUCAUUCAGUCAACGCCAGAUCACCCCAAGAUUAUCGCUUGGAGCGACUCGGGUACUGCCUUUCGUAUUUUUGAUGCCGUAGAGUUUGCCGCAUCCGUCCUUCCGAAAUACUUUCGCACGCGCAAGUUCAGUUCCUUCCAGCGCAAUUUGAAUCUGUAUGGCUUCACGAAAGUGCGAAGAGGCCCGGACGCGGAUUUUUAUGCUCACCCGUCUUUUCUCCAAGAUACGCCCGACGGACUGCUUAAUCUUCGCAAAAUGUCACCGGCUAGUCGAAGGCGCCUCGUUAAAGAAUCGAAGGCUUCGACGCCCACGGCUACCGAUCGGAAAACUCGCUGGGAAGGGUCUCGCUCCGUGUCGCCCAGUCCACCAACGUCGGAUAGCUCCGACUGGGGUUCUCCAAUCCAAUCAUCCAAGCCAGCUGUUGAUCUCUUAACGAGGAGUAUGCCGCAAUGGACAAAUAUACCAAGUCUCGCCCCCGAGAGCAGGAAUAUCAGCUUCAACGCGGUUCGCAAACCUAUCCUACCUCCCAUACGGAAAGUCUCUAUGGGCGAUCGAGGCCGUUUGGAUCUCUUGGCCUUUGCGUUGGAAACGCAGGCGUUCGCCGAAGCCAACUAAACCAGAGCCGCUGUGCUCACGCAAUGCAGCUGUGCUGGGGCAAGCGCAAAUUCACACAUCCUGGCAAGCUAUUCAUAAUUGGCUUCAAGGGUAGAGGUCACCCAAUUUGGCUUCCUUUAUACAAUACUUGUCACGCUACGCUUUGUCAGUCAAAGGGUACUAAAUCUCCUUCUUGUUUUUCUCAUUUACGGUGUACAUAAUAUGAUCAAAUUUAUACUUAUGCAAAAGUCAAUUUACUCUCC